AUGGCCAAAUACAUGACCGCACCAAGUAGCCACUUCUAUCCCAUCCCUGACAAAGUCUCCCUCGAAGCCGCAGCCUUGAUCGAACCACUAGCAGUAUCCUGGCACGCAGUCAACGUUUCACCCUUCAAACCCGGUCACAACGUACUGAUCGUUGGCGGCGGCCCAAUUGGGAUCGGCAUCUUGCAGGUGCUCAAACUGCAAGGCGCGAAGAACGUCAUGGUUUCUGAGAUGACGGAGAGUCGUAAGAGAUUCGCACUCGAGUACGGUGCAACGCAUGUCCUGGACCCGUCACAGGUUGACGUGGCGGGCAAAGUGCGGGAGAUUACGAACGGGAUUGGGGCGGACGUGAUCUAUGACACGGCUGGUGUGGAGAUUGCGCUGAAUAGUGCUAUCCGUGCUUGUCGGACGCAUGGGAGUAUUGUCAACAUUGCGGUUUGGCAGAAACGGCCUGCGAUUCAUGUCAAUGAUCUGAUGUACCAUGAGAUCAAGUAUGAGGGUGCGACUUUGUAUGAUGAGGAGUCAUUUCGGGAUGUGAUCAGGGCGUUGAGCUAUGGUCAAUUGCAACCGGAGAAGAUGAUCACCGGGAAGAUAAGGCUGGACGAGGUGGUAGACAAAGGAUUCAAAGCCUUGGUAGGAGAGGAGCGUGAGAAACAUUGUAAAAUCCUGGUGGACGUGCAGAAUUAG